GUCUAGGUUGAAGAAGGACUAUGAUGACUUUAAAAGACAUCCAGACCAUGAUAAAUUUACCAGAGAAUUGUGGAGUAAUGAUGAAAGUGAAGCUGAUUCUGGCAAAGAUUCUUCUCCCGUAGUAUGUGGAAAAUCUUCAGAGUCUUCAGAACAUGGGGAAGUUCCCAAAAAAGACCACCCAGACAAUGAUGAAAUGAAACUAUUAGAGAUGAAUUUGCCUGCAGGAAAAAACAAAAUUCUGAAAAAGGAAUCGACUUCUAAAGAAAUACAGAAGACACUGCCCAAAUGUGUUAAACGUCAGGCCAAGCAAAAUAGUUGUCUGGAUCAAAGCACUAAUGAGCUUUCACCAAGAAAGAAACCUAAGUUGAGCACUAAUGAGGCUGUGGUCCAGAGUUCAGAAGGUAGCCUGCAGCCAGACAGAUGUUUGACUGAGCUGAAACAAUUUGAAGGGUCAGCUCUGGAAUUGUUUUCCUUAAUAGAUCCUGCAACAUCAGUACCAAACUUUCCAAAAGGGACCAAACCCAUCCAGGCCUUGCUUGCCAAGAAUACUGGGAACAAAGUGACCUUAACAAAUCACCUGUCACCUCCCCCAGCCAUAAAUGUAUCUACUUCUGAAAAGCCAGUUUUAGCGCCGUCGGAAUCAUCACUGUUAAAACCAGCAUUGCCCUGCCAGACCAGUUCAAAGACUCCUUUACAAAUGGUAUACAAAAUGCCAAAUGGCCACUGUGUACCAAUAGACCUUAACAACAGCUCUAUGAAAAUUCAGAUGCAACCUGUGAUUGACCCUAAAACUCGAGAAAAAGUAAUGCAACAAGUUCUUAUUUUACCUAAGAAUUUUCUUAUUCAGCAGAAGGAGGGAAAAAUUGUGUCCAAGGACGUUCAGUCACUACAACAAAAGUCGUCUGAGCUGCGCUGUACAAAUUUACCAGAAAUGUCACAUGUCAGCGUUUCUUUAACACCUGUUGUGGUAACAGGCCCUGCAAAUGCCACCAGUCAGUCACCUAGUACAAUUUUUAACAGCAGUAUUACCCACUUGUCACAAGCGACUGGUCUCUUGAACUCUACACAGCCAUUGCCUGCUGUAACUUCAGCAGGCAGCUUGUUAUCAUCAAUGAUUACGGUGAGCCAAACGGAAACUGACAAAACCAAGACUACAGUUUCAACUGCCGCGUUCCCUGUGUCUUCAGCUUCACCUAGUCUUUCCACAGCUAGCCAGUCUUUGAUAGCAGCAAUAAGUGGGUCUACCAACACUGCUUCUGCAUGUCAUAGUCUUGCAUCACAGCAGACAGCCGACUCCUUUGAAGCUAGGCAAGAGCUGAAGACGAUGUGUAUAAGAGAAUCACAAUCUAUCCUGGUCACAACACGGGGUGGAAACACAGGAAUUGUUAAAGUGCAAACAAACCCAGACCAGAUUUCACCUAGUAGUUUAUCUUCUAGUUCAGUUUUCACUUACGCGCCUCAACUUCAGGCCUUUCUUGUGCCCAAAACCACAGGAUUAUCAUGCUCUACUCUUCCAUCUGUAGCAACAGCCACGUCUGGUCUCCCACAUAUUGGACAAUCGUCUCGUUCUGGAUUUGCCCCUUCAACAGCUGCUUCUGUUAACGUUCCAGCUUUCCCAGCUGAUUCUACCCAGGCAAUGGAGAAGAAUAUCAAAUUCGCAUUACAGCAGCCUGCUGUUGGGGGCACUCUGGGUCAAGUAAUAGAGAACUCCUGCUACGUGUCUGCUUCUUUAUCCUCCAUUUCAUUAGCUAGCAAUUUGAUGUCAGCAACUCCGAGCAGUUCUGCUAGCAUGACUAGCACUGGACAAAAUAACACUGUCAUAACUCCUAAUUCUUCUAUGCAGCAACAAGGUGAUACUACAGCUAAAACAAAUCCUGCUAUACAAUCUGAGUAUAAUUCAGCAACAGAUGGAGAUUUGAUCGGUAGUGCUCCAGUCCAGAAACUUACAUUUGUCACAAAUCCACCUAUUUUAUCUCCCUGUGGGUCAUCAGGGGUCAGUAUUAUACCCUCUCCAGCAUCCGCUGGUGUUAAUGCUCAGAAGUUGGUUUUCAUUAACACACAAAUUGCCAGCGGCCCAUCAACCACCAGUCUCGUUUCAGAGUCAUUGAAACAUAACAUUCCUUCUUCCCUGAGCAAAGCCCUUGUUAGUGCCACAGAGCAACCGCAGUUGGUUCUGAUCGCAUCUACAGUAGCAGCACCAAUAAAAAUAAACUCAUCACCAACUAUCGCUCAAGUGAAAGAUGUGAAAAUUGGACUAAAUAUAGGUCAAACCAUUGUAAAUAGUAAAGGCAGUGCACAACAGGCCCCACCAGUUAACAUAUUGCACUCUGCCGUUUCUAAGGGAGAAGAGAAAAAGAGCAUGGGCUUGGCGCUGUCUUUGACAAGCAGUAGUGCUGUGGUUCCUGUUCCAGGUUUUGUGAGUCAAAGUGCUGUGUCAGUUAAUGAAUCUGGGUGCGUUGCAACAAAAGCUGAAAAUGCCUUUGCAGUGACAACAGCAAAUGCAUGUGUAGAAUCUGUUUCAGUAACAUCAAGUGGGACGUCUGGGACACAGCCCACUGUUUUGAUUGGUGGGAAUGAUCCCGCAAGAAUAAGGCCAGUUCUGGGUAACCGACUGUGUACAUCAAAUGUUGGAAAUGCUGUGGGUAUAUCAACUGUGAAAACAGGACAUCUUGCUUCAUCUGUGCUCAUCUCAACAACACAACCGACAGUAUCUCCUCUAAACGUAGCUUCUGCGUUGCAGUUUCCAGUCAUUAGCUUGCCUGGGUCUGUAGCUACCCCCCACAAAGUGUCACAUACAGUUCCUCAGUUGGCAGCAGCUCCAGCUCCUCUGCCGGUACCAAAAAGCCAGUUUCCCACCCUGCUUCAGUUUCAAUCGGGAAUUUCAGCUGCUGUGCCAAAUAAUGCAGCUGUUCACAAACCUCAGAAUGCAUUGCCCCCUUCAUCACCGAAUACAGAUGAAGACAAUCAAGUACAGAGUUCUCGUAGCAACAUGGAAGAACCAGGAACAGGAACCUUGGUCCCCUGA